GCUUCCUCAAAUAGAUAGAAGAGACUAAGACAGGUGCUUUCGAAUUUUGGGAGUAAGGUUCGACCAAUGAAAAGAAAACAUAGUAAGGAGUGGGCCUGACUCGAGCAAAAGGGGUGUGGUUGUAGCUAGUCGGGGAGCCCUGGUUCCGCAGCUGUUCGAUGUGGAGAAAAAGCAAGCUGCGGAAUGACGCGCGCGAGCUUGGGCCAGGUUGACUGCUGUGGGGUAACAGCUACCGCAAUCAGCGCGAGGCAGUAGAGUGAGAGAGCAAGCGCAGCACUGCUGCUGGUGUCGCUGCAAUCACAGGCGGCACGCGGCGGCUCUGGAAAAGUAACUUUCAGGGAGAGUUUGGCAAAGUGAAGUGAUCCUGUAGGAGGAGACUAGAAGUGUCUGCGCACCCAUCUUUAAUAUUCCAUGGUUCCAUUAUUGUAAUUCCGUAAACGGAUUUAUAUCGCUGUCACCGAGUUUGCAGUUGUUACCACUGGGCAUGUAAUGUGGGGAGUCCUGGUAUCAAAAGCAGCAGCCAGGAGCACUAUGGAGUUUCGUCGCACAAUUAGAAACAGGAUUGGCAAAGCGGAAUUAGUGUGCAUAAUUAUGAGUGUACUGUUUGGCUCUACCACAUCUCAGUCAGUAUGUGCUGGAACUGAAAACAAGCUGAGUACACUCUCGGACUUAGAGCAGCAAUACCGCACCUUGCGCAAGUACUAUGAGAACUGCGAAGUUGUUAUGGGCAACCUGGAGAUUACCAGCAUCGACCACAACAGAGACUUGUCCUUCCUGCGGUCAAUAAAGGAAGUGACUGGCUAUGUCCUGGUUGCACUAAAUCAGUUUGACAGACUUCCACUGGAAAACCUACGGAUCAUCCGAGGAACUAAAUUGUAUGAAGACCGUUAUGCACUGGCAAUAUUUCUUAAUUACAGGAAAGAUGGCCACUACGGACUCAAGGAACUUGGCCUGAAGAACCUCACAGAAAUUUUGAAUGGAGGGGUAUAUGUCGACCAGAACAAGUUUCUUUGCUUUACUGAUACAGUCCACUGGCAAGAUAUUGUACGUAAUCCUCGAGGUGCAGAUCUGAUUGUUGUCCCAAACAAUAGCAGUGUCGGAUGUGGAAAAUGUCAUAAAUCUUGCAUGGGUCGAUGUUGGGGUCCUUAUCCAAAUAACUGUCAGAGCUUAACAAAGACAGUAUGUGCAGAGCAGUGUGACGGACGAUGCUACGGACCAUAUGUCAGCGACUGUUGCCAUCGAGAAUGUGCAGGAGGCUGUACUGGCCCAAAGGAUACUGACUGUUUUGCCUGCACAAACUUCAAUGAUAGUGGAGCAUGUGUCACCCAGUGCCCACAGCCAUUUGUUUACAAUCCCACUACUUUCCAACUUGAACAUAAUCCAAAGGCCAAAUACACAUAUGGAGCAUUCUGUGUCAAGAAAUGUCCACAUAACUUUGUUGUUGAUCACAGCUCUUGUGUGCGAGCUUGUCCAAGUAACAAGAUGGAGAUGGAAGAAAAUGGAAUCAAAAUGUGCAAACCAUGUACUGACAUUUGUCCAAAAGCUUGUGAUGGGAUUGGAACAGGAAGCUUACAGUCAGUCCAAACUGUGGAUUCCAGCAACAUUGACAAGUAUGUGAACUGCACUAAAAUCAACGGGAACCUCAUCUUUCUAAUAACUGGAAUAGAUGGAGAUGCUUACCAUGGAAUUAAAGCCCUUGAUCCUGAGAAACUGAACGUCUUUCGAAAUGUCAAGGAAAUAACAGGUUAUCUAAAUAUACAAGCAUGGCCUAAGAACAUGACUGACUUCAGUGUGUUUUCCAACUUGGUUACCAUAGGCGGACGGGAACUAUACAGUGGAAUUGCACUCCUCAUUCUAAAGCAGCAAGGUAUCUCUUCACUCCACCUCCAGUCUCUCAAUGAGAUUAGUGCUGGAAAUGUCUACAUCACUGAUAAUUACAACCUCUGUUAUUACCAUACGGUCAACUGGACUACUCUGUUUCGUACCAACAUUCAGAAAGUAGUGAUAAAGGACAACAGGAACCCAAAAAACUGCACUGCAUCAAAGAUGGUAUGUGAUCCCUUAUGCUCUGACGCUGGUUGCUGGGGCCCAGGCGCUGAUCAGUGUUUAUCAUGUCGGUACUUUAGCAGGGGUAGGACGUGCAUUGAUUCCUGUAACCUUUAUGACGGGGAAUUCCGAGAAUUUGCCAAUGGUUCUUUCUGUAUCGAAUGUGAUCCUCAGUGUGAAAAGAUGGAAGACAAUGUAUUGACAUGCUUUGGACCGGGUCCUGACCACUGUACAAAAUGUUCCCAUUUCAAAGAUGGACCUAACUGUGUAGAGAAGUGCCCAGAUGGUUUGCAGGGAGCCACUGGCUUCAUUUUCAAAUAUGCUGAUGUCAGUAAUGAGUGCCACCCCUGUCAUCCUAACUGCACCCAGGGAUGCCUAGGCUCGCGGAUUCAGGACUGCAUCGGCCUCAUGGACAGAACUCCACUGAUUGCUGCAGGCGUGAUUGGCGGACUCUUUCUGAUAGUUAUUGUGGGACUGACAAUAGCAGUAUAUGUCAGAAGAAAAAGUAUCAAGAAGAAAAGAGCCUUAAGAAGAUUUCUUGAAACAGAGUUAGUGGAACCCCUUACACCAAGUGGGGCAGCACCCAACCAAGCCCAGCUUCGUAUCAUAAAGGAAACCGAGCUGAAACGUGUGAAGAUUCUUGGCUCCGGUGCAUUUGGGACAGUGUACAAGGGUGUCUGGGUUCCUGAAGGAGAAACUGUGAAGAUUCCUGUGGCAAUCAAGAUACUAAAUGAAACAAAUGGUCCUAAAGCCAAUUCAGAAUUCAUGGAUGAGGCUCUGAUAAUGGCAAGCAUGGAACAUCCACACUUGGUCCGUCUGUUGGGAGUCUGUCUUAGCCCUACUAUUCAACUGGUCACCCAGCUGAUGCCCUGUGGUUGCCUUUUGGACUAUGUUCAUGAAAACAAGGAUAAUAUUGGCUCACAGCUGCUACUUAACUGGUGUGUGCAGAUUGCUAAGGGAAUGAUGUACCUUGAGGAGAAACACCUUGUGCAUAGGGAUUUGGCUGCACGAAAUGUGUUGGUUAAAUCACCAAAUCACAUAAAGAUUACCGACUUUGGCCUUUCUAGGCUUCUGGAAGUAGAUGAGAAAGAGUACAACGCAGAUGGAGGAAAGAUGCCAAUAAAAUGGAUGGCUUUAGAGUGCAUCCACUAUCGGAAGUUCACACAUCAAAGUGAUGUCUGGAGUUAUGGUGUAACCAUUUGGGAGCUCAUGACUUUUGGUGGAAAGCCCUAUGAUGGAGUUCCAACCCGAGAGAUCCCUGACCUGCUGGAAAAAGGAGAGCGUUUGCCACAGCCACCGAUUUGCACUAUUGAUGUCUACAUGGUCAUGGUUAAAUGCUGGAUGAUUGAUGCUGAUAGCAGGCCCAAAUUCAAAGAACUAGCUGCAGAGUUUUGCAGAAUGGCGAGAGAUCCACAGAGAUACCUUGUUAUACAGGGAGAUGACCGAAUGAAGCUCCCAAGUCCAAAUGACAGUAAAUUCUUCCAAAACCUACUUGAAGAACAGGAGAUAGAAGAAAUAAUGGACGCCGAUGAGUAUCUUGUCCCUCAGGCUUUUAACUUGCCACCUCCUGCCUACACAUCAAGACAAAGAAUUGACUCCAACAGGAGCCAAAAUGAAAUCAGCCUUCCUCCUUCCUACGCUCCCAUGUCAGGAAAUCAGUUUGGUUAUAGAGAUGGAGGUUUUGGUGCUGAAGUAGCAAUGGUGAUGCCAUGCCGAACAGCAACCUGUGGAAUUCCUGAAGCAGCAGGAGGAGAAGGCCCACCUAGAGAUGUCUUUGAUGGAGUAUGUUGUAAUGGCACUCUCAGGAAGCAGUUACUGCCACGCACCAGGGAGGAAAGCACCGCACAAAGAUACAGUGCAGACCCUACUGCAUUUCUUUCUGAAAGAACCCAACGAGGAGAAAUGGACGAAGAAGGGUACAUGACACCAAUUCAAGAAAAAUCCAAAAAAGAUUUUUUGAAGCCAGUGGAAGAGAACCCAUUUGUAACGCGAAGAAAAAAUGGAGAUAUCCACGGUAUGGAUAAUCCAGAUUAUCACAGUACUUCCAAUGUACAGUCCAGAGCUGAGGAUGAAUAUGUCAAUGAGCCUCUUUAUCUCAAUACAUUUGUGAAUUCAGUAGAUAAUGCAGAGUACUUAAAGAACAAAGGCAUUCCUGUUACAGAAAAAGCAAAGAAAGCUUUCGACAACCCUGACUACUGGAACCACAGUCUACCCCCUAAAGCAACAAUGCAUACAUCUGAUUACCCACAAGACUACAGCACAAAAUACUUUUACAGGCAGAAUGGACGCAUCAAACCUGCUGUUGCAGAGAACCCAGAAUAUCUGUCAGAGUUCUCACUAAAACCUGGAACUGUUCUCCCACCUCCACCUUACAGACACCGAAACACAGUUGUGUAAUGACUUCAGUAAUGUGAAGGAAAGCAUGUUGGGUGUUUGGGGGAAUUGUUCCCAAGAACAAAAGUCUGAAUAUCUUUUGUAAAAGGACAAAUUAUGCGACUGGUAAUUUUCACCAGUCUAGAAGUAGGAAGUGUAUUCUUCUAAGCAUAUUGAGAAAGUCCAGAGAGUACCUGUAGAACUGCAAUUCAUCUUGUGGCAAAUAGAUUUGAUCAUGAAAAAUUCUAUUUGUAUUUAUUAGGACAACAAAAAUGAGCUCUGUAAUUAACUGGAAAAGAAUACACUUGGUCCAGCAAGCACCAUGUAAAAAAAUGAACGUAAGGGAAGAGGAAGUUGAAUAAUGAUGUUAUUGUCCACAUAUGUGCUAUUUAAGGAUACUGAUUGAAGCAAUAAGGAUGUAACUAGAAACACAUAAUGGACAGCUGUAGGAGUUCCAGACCAGUGCUUUUUUUCAGUGAUACAGUAUGGUUUAUUUGUUUAAUUUCUAAAGAAAUCCAUGUAAAACUGUCAGACAUAUAACAAUAAAGCACAGACCACAGCUGUAGAAUUAUACUGAUAAAUUGAGUUAAUGAGCAUUCUCUGGGUACGAGUUAUUAAAAAUGAAGGAACAAAUAUAAUUACCUCAGAAAGAAAAAAAAUGAAGGACUUUAAAACAUGAUAAAUAAUUAUAACUUCUUCCCUGAACUUAUGUAGAUACUACAUCUAUUACCAUUAUUUUUAAGUGAUAGUUCAGUAUAUAAACUCUUAGGAAAUUUUUUUAUAAUUCAACCCAGGAUGUUGUAUUUUUUAAAUAUAUUGCACAUUCAAAUAAUAUUAUUUGCAAAAGACAUUAAUAACAAGCCAUCUGUAAUUUGUUUGUCUCGACAAUGGAUAUUUUGAAACUUAAUAUCUGUUAGCACUUGGUAGUGCCAAAGGAACUCCAGGAGUAAUUGAAAAUUGAUACAAGUAAAAUUUAUAAAACAAGUUCAGCAGUGAAAAGCACUAAAACAUUUAUUUGAUGUUUAGGAAAUGUUAAUCUUCUUAGUUACAUCUUGCAGGGUUUUUGAAGUAUUAUAGAUGGUUAUACUGACAAGCAACACAUUUUAUCGGUGCCAGUCUGAAGCAGUCUGAGAAUCUUUAAAAAUUGUGAUUGCCACAAUUUUAGUAUAUAUAGAAAUAGAAACUAAUGCUGUUGCAUUAUUUAAAAAUGCUGCUAGCAUUCAUCAAUAAAAUUAGAAAUAGGAAGACCAGCAUUUGUUUUUCAUUGCCUACAAGACUGGAUUGUUUUAAACAUCAGCCUCAAAGUAAUUUCUUUUAGUUCAUGGGCUCAUAUAUAAAUGUGCAUUGAAUAGACGUUAACAUGAAACUGAAUAUAUUGACUCAUAUUAAUUCUACAAUACUGUGGUCAUAUGCUGGAUUCAGCAAAAUAAUUUUGCACAGAAUUGAUUGAUGCUUGAUUCCCUUGCUAUGUGAAGAAUUGGUUAAUUGCACUUAUCUAACCUGUUGCUUUUUCCUUGGCAUAAUAAUAUUUUAUUUGACAACAGCUCAGAGGCUUCAAUUGCCUUCCUUUUAAACCAUUACUUUUCCCCUACAUAUAAUGUCUGGACUGAAAAUUCACACAGCUUGCUUAAGAUUUCUGCGUCCUUCAUGUCAAGAAUGCAGAGUUGAUGUGGAGGAAACUGUUAGCUCCUUAGCAAUAAGAAUGAUGUCACACAGUCACACCCACAAGCACACACAUCCUGGAAAAUAAUGUUUUCAAUGCAUUCUUCACUAUAAGUCAGUAAUACCCAGAUACACACACACACACACACACACACACACACACACACACACACACACACACACACACACACACACACACACACAUAAAUCCAGGAUACUUACCUCUGUUCUUUAAUGUCUAAUGUUAUUCAAAAAAGCAGCAAACAGUGCCUCAGAGUCAGAACAAUAAACAAAGAGGUUACAUUUUAGUUUAAACAGUAUUUAUGACAGCUUAAUUGUAAUAUGCAUUCUACAGUGGUGAGGGGAGACAAAAAUACAUAUUCCUUCAACCAUGAUGACUUAAAGUUUUACAAAAAGUUUUACAACAUAAUGAAAUGCAUUUUUUGUAAGUCCAAGAAGAAUUGUUAGGCAGGCUUCCCCAAUACAUAUACAUACACAUUUAUUGGUGCUGUGGCGUAUUACACGGAAUGUGAGAUGACUUUGUUCUAGAUCUUUGUUGUUUUAGUUGUGUAUGUGUGUGUUACCUACCUAAACAUGCUCUUUGACUCAUUGUUUAGAAUCUCCCUCUCUCUCUCUCUCUCUCUCUAUAUAUAUAUAUAUAUAUAUAUAUAUAUAUAUAUAAAAAAAUCAGAAACCUGAAGAAUAUUACUUAAGUGCCAAGAUAUAAUUUUUCAUUUAAGAAGGCGUAUCCUGCAUCAGUGAAGCUAAACCAGAAGGCUAACCGAAUUAAUAAAAUAGGCAGCUAAUUAUUAAUAAACUGUGUGUGAGACAUAAUAUAUCUGUUGUAUAGCAGAAUCAGUAAGUUACAUUAUUCAGUUCAAGUUGUGGUAGGGGGAAAGUAUUUUUAGUGCUAAAUCUUGUAGAAAAGCAUAUAUAUAUAUAUAUAUAUAUAUAUAUAUAUAUAUAUAUAUAUAUAUAUAUAUAUAUAUAUAUCUUUAUCUGGAAAUUAGCAAUUUGGUGCAUGGAAGGCAAAGGGUCAGCAGUAUUUGGAAUCACUGCAGUAUGCUUGAUUGAGCAAAGACAUGAAAGUGUAUAGUGAUGGAAAUUGCUAAAAACGUAGCAGGCUUUUGCACUGCUGCCUUUUGGGUUGAUUUUAAAACUGAGCUGCUGUGGAAGGAAAGGCCAACCUCAAAUGCAAUGCAACAAUCCUAUUAAUGAUUUUAUUAUUAUUAUUAAUAUUAUUGUUAUUUUCAUCUUUAAGCUGUACAAUUGUGCACUGAAGUGGGUUAUCCAAAGAAAAAAUGGGAUUAAUUUCAGGGCUCUGAAAGUUCAGGUCAGUGCAAGCCAACACUCUAAGCUACUCUAUAAAGUGUUUUCAUAUUGUUAAAAUAGCUAGAACAUCAAUUGGUAGAAAUUUUCAAGAAUUACCUGUUUGUAUAUUCUGGUAAGAAUUUUUCAAAUUAUUAACAUUAUUAACCAUAUAACAGAAGGUUGGGAUGCGUUUUCUAAAUUCAGAAUCAAUCUCCCUCAUUCCAGAUGGGAAUGGCUAACAGAAACAAAUAGUCACAAUAUAUCUGUCAAUGGAAGAAUCAGGUAUUCUAAACAUGAGACUUUAAAAAUACCAAUUACUCAAUCAAGAAAAUACUAUGGAUAAAUUUCUCAUACAAAAUAAGGUCAAUCUUUCAGAUUGAAAUAAGCUUCUCACUUCAUUUAAUUUUUCUGGCAUACUGAAAAGAAAUUUUAAUCAGUAACCAUUCUAUCUAUUGUGACUGGAAGUAUGCAGACAGUUGACUAUUUAUUACAAUGAAAAGGUGAAUUUCCCUGUUGCUAGCUACACUUGUAUGCCUGUAAUCUUCAUGUUGUGGCUAUUAGUUUGCUAAAAAUGUAAAUAAUCUUUUUUGGUAUUCAGAACUGUAGUAAAUUAUAAAUAAAUAAGUAAAUAAGUUAAAUAGAAUCCUUGUGAUCUAGACGUGUUCUCACUUCUAUUGUAUUUCAUAGAGUGCCUGAGAACAGACUGACAAUUUUGUAUGGAACACAAAAUAAUGGCAGCAAAACAUCAAGAAAGUCAAAACCUGAUUAAAAAAAAAAAAAAAAAAAAAAAACAGAUUGUUAAACAUCAAAAAUACACAUUGUCCCUUUAGUUUACUGUUUUGGGAAAUUAUGUUUUUUAAUGUAAUAUAUAGGAUUAGUAUCGAGGCAGGAGUAGGGUUAAGGUUCAUACAAAUGAGUUAAGUGGCAUGGGGGCAAACCCUAACUCACAUACACUUGCACAUCUAUCCCCUUCCUCAACUCUUACUUGAACCCACUCCAUAUACAUAUAUACAUGCGCACACACCCUAAAUGCCAAAAUAUUCACUAUAACUAAAUAUUUCUUCAGUCUGUUUAUUCAAACUUCUGACAUUCUGAUAUUUGAGAGUUGUGGUUCACCCUCUCAGUAGAUUAAGUUCUGUCUACUGUCAAGAAUACUUAUCCAGUCUGUAAGAACCUCAAAGAAAGUGAUAGAGUCAUGGAUCACACCCUUGGAAAUGGAUGUUCCCCACAGUAAUCAAUUUAAAAUACUGAGACAGUCAUGCACAUGCAAACACACACACAUUUAUACAGUUACAUCCUUGUGCAUGCAUACCCACAAACAUGUAGGGAACGCAUGCUGCCAGUUCUUAAAUUUAGAAACAAAGUGUCUGACACAGUAGAAGUGGUUAGCAAUCAAAAGAUCAUUUUAUAGAAGUGAGAUUCCAUUAAUUUUGCUUUGAUUAACCAACCAUCUAAUUUAGUGAUUCUAGUCUGAAUAAAUUUCCACCAUCUUUAGUUUAUUUCUAUACAUAAGGGUAUAAGUCUGAUAAAUGCAUUUAUAGAAUUGAAAGAAUGCUCUAUUUGUAUCAAUUUUGUUCUCUUUCUUAUGCUGCAAGUGCUAGAUUUACAGGUUCCCAUUGAAAGUGAAUUUUGCCAGUGGUUGAAUUCAAUACUAAAUAGAAACCUUUUAUUACGGUCCAUAUUUUUGAAAUUUCUUAUUGUGCAAAAUUCUGUAAGUAGAAACUUAGAUAUCUCCAUCGUUAUAAUUCACUUUUCUCUCUUUCACACAUUUUUCCCUGCUGCAGUGAAUCGGUGAAUCAUUUUAAAUGGUCAGAUUCAUAUCACUUUUUGUUUUUUAUGGAUUUUAUCUCAGCGAAAGUUAUUUGUAUUAUGAAAUACUUGCUCCAUUGUGGACAACAAAUGAUGUUUCAUAUAUGUUCAUUUUAAAUUUAAAUUACAACAAUUUUAUACCAGAGGCAAGCUUUUUUAUGACCUGUAAUGAUAUCCACACUACUUUUUCGAACAUUUUUCAUUAUUUUGUGUCUGCCAUCCAUGUUCUCAUAUGACAAAAUCAUGUUUAGAAUACUUAACAUUGACAGAUAUUUUGUGGUGUUACAAAUGGCAUUAAAAAGCCAUGUUUUAAGCUAAGGCUCAAGAAAUACACACCAGUUGCUAUAAAAUUACCAAGCAGUCAAAGAAAGGUUCCUUUCUGGUGAAAACAUUUGCUUCUGUAUAAUGUAAUUUCCAUUUUUCCUUUCAGUUUAGUGGAGGUUAAAUACAUUAACUUCUCUGGCACUUCUCAGUAUUAAGUAAGCCAGCUCUGGUGGAAUAUGUGUAUUGCAUUCAUGGUUGUCUUCCCUUGCUAAAAAAUUACUACUGUAUGUUACUCUAAAAAUGUGAAUAGUAUUUUUAUAGAUUGGUAAAGACAUGGCUUGGUGCAUUUGUAAAUAUGCAGAAGAUGUUGCUUUUAUUUCCUGGGGGAACUUGAGAACAUAUUUUAUUUGGUACAUGAUUUGUCUUUUAGGAUGAUUUGUAUAUAAGUAACUGAAUUGUGAUUUUUAAAACAAAUGCUUUAGAAAGUCCAUCAUGUAGACAUUGCUUGUGAUUAUGUGUUUACCACUGUUGUGAUGUGUUCCGUUUCGGCAUUUGCUUAUUCUCUAGAAUAUGCUGUGUGUGAGCUUGUGUGAGGUACACCUGCUACACUGCUUAUUUCAUAAUUAUAAUCAGUACUGAAGUUUUAUUUGGUGUAAAUUCAGCAGCAAAUGAUUUAUGCACUUCUGCCGCACUUUUAACUUUUUAGGUAAAUUCUCCUGAGGCAUAUAUUUUAGUGUUAGAAAAAAAAAUGAUUUAAAUUUUUUGGCAUUCCCCUUUCCUACUUUUGUUUUCUAGUAUAAAUGUUUUCAUUACCUUCUGGGUUAUUUAAUUUCUGUGCUUGUGUUAGCUCUACUGCUGUAAAUUAGCCACUUUUGUUCUUGAGAAUUACUGUAGCCUUGCAUCAUGUCUCACUGACCACCUCCCGGGCUGUAUACUUUGGAAAUUGGUCUGCUAAUUUUUGUUACAUGAAUCUGUCAGAAAUAUAUUUUUAAUUUAAUAUAAACAGAGUUCAAUAAAACAUGAAGCACAA